AUGCUGCUGUGCCGGGAGCUGCCGGGCAUCACCCGGAUGCUGCUCGCAGCAGGACCCAUCCACAGAGCGGCUGCCGUGGGAUCCUCGGUGCUGCUCCCCGGCCUGGAUAACAACACCCGCAGCGAUUCCACACUCUGGGAAUUCCUGAAUGGCAGCGGCUCCCACAGCAUCCUGCAGCACCCCAGAGGAGCCCCCAGCCCCACCAUCCACCCUCCCUACACACAACGAGCCCUUUUCCACCCAUCCGAUGGAUCCCUGCUGCUGGAGAACGUCCAGGAGAGUGACAGUGGCACCUACAGAGUGACUGGCGGUGCGGGAGGAGGGAAGAGCCUGGAAAUCCAGCUGGAAGUGCUCCAGCCCGUGUCCCUCCCCCGGCUCCAGAGCAGCUCUCUGGUGGUCAGGGCCCCUGGGCAGCUGGUCUGUGAGGUGGCAGAGGGCAGAGUGGACAGCAUCACCUGGAGGAAGGAUGGGCAGCCCCUUCCCCCAGGCAGAGCUCCCCGGCUCUCCGGCAGCCGCAGCGUUCUGCACCUGAGCCCGGCCAAGAGAUCCGACUGCGGCUCCUACUCCUGCAACGCCAGCAACGGGAUCAGCUGGCAAGAAACCUCCCUGAAGGUCACCAUUGAAGGUCUCUCCCAUCGCCUGAAGCUCACCCUGAGGAUUGCGGUGGUCGCCGUGGUCUUCGCUGUCAUCUCGGCCUGGGGAUUAAUUAUCCCCGUCUGCCAGUCUGAAAAGCUGAGGAUAAGGGGGGAGCUCUGGAGGUGGCUCAGCUCCUACACCUGCGGGCUGGUGUGCAUCGCCUGCGUCCUGGAUGGCACCGCCGGCAUCCUCUGGAUGUGGGAGGAAGGCCCUUCUGUGGCUGUCAUACUGCCUGAGAUCACCCUCAGCUACCUCACCGUGGUCACCUUCCUGGUUGCCACCACCGUGAUUUUCCAGCCCACUGAUUUCAGCCAUCUGAAGAGCAAAAAAGCUCAGCGCACCAUGGGCUACGCCGCGCCGGGGGCCGUGGUGGCCGUGGUGCUGAGCAGUGCCUUCCUCAUCAGGGGCUCCUACCACCGCCACGAAGAAGGAUGCUCGGAGUUCCUGGAUGUCACUGUCCUGGUGGCCACCACGGCGGCCGUGUCAGCCCUGCCGCUCCUCGCCAUCGGCCUCUGCUAUCACAAAACCCAGGGCAGGUGCAAGGAGAGCGAUGUCUGUUGGAUGGACAAAGCUGGGUCCUUUGAGAUGUCUCAGCCAGGCACCAAGGACACCACUCCCAGCUGAGCUCCAUCUCGGGGUGUCUCUCACUUCCCCCAGGUUUAGUGGGUUCAGGGCUCUCAGUUUUGGUUCCUCUGUG